UAGACGAUAGAUUUUCGUCCGAACGGGGUAUCACGGGAACUCGUCAGGAUGCUCGGUGGAAGCUACGAGACCCAGGCCGAGUACUAUCCCCAAUGGCACCAGCCGUACAACUACGUCACCCAGCUGCCUUACGGCCAGUACCCGGACGCGGAGAGCCACUCGGGGCCCUACUGGAGCACCGACUCGGGCAUGUCGAGCAGCAGCACGGGCUCGGGCAGUCCGCCCGCCUCGUCGCCACCGCUGAUCGAGGAAAUCGGCAUCCAGGAGCCCAGCUACCCGUCCCCCCAGUCCUGCGACUACUCGCCUCCCCAACAACAGUACUCCCAGCACCAACAACAGCUCAGCCCCAGCAACAACCAACAGCAGCACUACUUUGCCGAUCAGCCCUCGGUUUACCAACAGCAACAACUUAUGCCAACGCUCGUCCACCAGCAACCCGAUCCCCAACCGCACCCGUUCGCCGUCCAACAAACGAGUGCAUCAGUGUCGAUGUUGUUGCAACAACAGCAGUGCUGUGCGAGCGACGGCCUGGGAAUGGCGCCGGUCAAGCCGAAACGGCGCAACACGGCCAACAAAAAGGAGAGGCGUCGCACCCAGAGCAUCAACAACGCGUUCGCCGAUCUCAGGGACUGCAUACCCAACGUGCCCGCUGACACCAAGCUGUCCAAGAUCAAGACCCUGAGGCUGGCCGCGAGUUACAUCGGCUACCUCAUGACGGUGCUGGACAGCGACGAGGGCGAGGAGCCGCAGACCUUCCGGGCCGAGAUACUCGCCAGCGGCAGGAGGAGCAAGCCACAGCCGGGCCUGCUGAAUGACGUGGCCAUGCACAUGAUGGGGAUGCAAGAGGAGACGAUAAAAGCCAAGGGCCGAACCGGAUGGCCGCAACACAUGUGGGCCCUCGAGCUGAAACAGGAGCAACAAGCUAACAACAAUCCUUUGCAUUAGGCGUCGUUGCAGUACCACACACUUGCAUAAUUAUUUGUAGAAAUCACGACUUGGAUCGUCGUCGUUUGUAAUUUAUCGCGAAAAGGUGUGCGCCCUAUAUACCAAUGGAGAUACACACUUAACUCCAAUAGCACGCGAAGUUUUUUCUUCUUCGGACUUUAAAACGUUUCGCAUAAUGACCGCGUGGCAACCGUUUUGUCAACAUCGGAAAUGUUCUCUGAUUUUUUUUUUCUUUUCUUUGUCACUAAGAAUCACUUCAAGAAUGACACUUUUAAACUAUGAAAACGUGGUUUCUCACUAUUAUAGCGUCAUUGUGAGCUCGAUACCACUGGUAGCAUUGAGAGCAAGUGACGUUUUUCAAAUGUUGUUUCUGCGCUAUCAGGGCCAUUUUUGUUCGUGAGAUAAUUGUAAAUAAUUUGAUUAAUCGUCCCGCUGAUACGUGGAGCCCGAAUUUGAAAAUGGGGGCCAUCUCUCCGUUGUACAUACAUGAUACCAAACGCCGGAAUGAUUUUCGUUUUUAUUCUUUACGCGCAAUGCAACAUUAACGAAUUCAUCCAAUGACGCGUGAAACCAAAGAGGAAGGUGGAAAAGAGCCGUACUUAAUGAUUUUGUCGAUGUUCGUUAUGUCUUUUUUCCUCCCAAUAUCCCGCAUGACAGAACAAUCGUCGAACAUUACAUAUC